GGAAAUCGAAACCUCAAAACAAAUUUAAUAUGUAAAUCUCAUCAUAAUCUAUUGUGAUUAAAUCACAAAAAAAUUAUUUAAAAUAUACUUAUUAAUAUUUUUGUUAGAAUAUUAGAAAAUAUUGAUAAGAUAAUAAACUGGUUGAACCUGAUACUGUGCUGAUACGAUGCAACAAACAUUUGCUUAGUAAUCGGUGAUCGGUGAAGUACAUACCAGAGAUCCAAUGGAUUCCAAUAGUAAUCAGACUCCUAAAACGUGGCAAUCUUCAUCUAUUAAAUUGUUAUCCUCUGACCAGAUAAAAAUUCGACCGCCAAGGGUAUUUAUGCAAGAACAAGGGUUAACUUCAGAAGAAAAUGCUGGUGAACCAAGAAAACCUGCAAGGAAACCAAAAUUUAAAAGAAAAUUAAGGAACGAACUCGAUGAACUAAAAGGUCUUACAGAGUCAUUUUCUAAUGAAGAACCAUCCAAUGCAACAGUACAAAGUAUUGUAUUAUAUUGUAUGGAUAAAAGUAUUAAAAAGCAAAUAGAAGUCUCCAACAGUGAUAAAGGUUUAGCUAAACAAUUUACAAAUAAUGUAAAGAACAAUCCAAUUCAAGAAAUGGCUACAACAAACAAAUUAUUGGAUGAAGCCAUAUUUUCUUUUAAACAAAAACAUUUACUUGUGGAUGCUGAUUCUGAUUUAAAGAUGAUAUACACUGGGAAUAAUAUGGUUAUACCAAAAAGAAUUCUAAACAAUCAAGUAUGUGGUUAUUGUUUAAAAUAUCUUUCAGUAGGACCGGUAACAAUAUCUAAUAAAUGUCCAUUUAUUGUUUGUGGUCGAGAAAAAUGUGCAGAUUUUCAAAAAAGUAGAUAUGAUUUCCGGCAGUUAUCCGCUUAUAAUAAAAUUGCUAAAAACUAUUAUUUCCACUGUGUUAAUCAUUAUGAAGGAUGUACAGAGAUUUUUCCUUUUUCUGAAAAUGUCGAAAACCAUGAAACUUUAUGUACUUUUAAGAAAAUAUAUCAAUGUUUAAAAUGCUUCUUUAAGGGAAAUGCUUGUCAGUUGAUUCAACAUUAUAAACAAAAGCAUCCUGCCAAUGUAAUUUGUGAUGGGGUAUUUCAUUUAAAAACAAGUAAAAUUUUAUUUUAUACAGACCAUCAACUCAUAAAAAUAUCAAUUUCUGUUCUAAAUGAUAAUUUAAAACUAUCAUUCAAACAACUUACUAGAUACAAUCCAAUUAAGAAGUAUACAAUAAUAUUAUUUCAUCCCUCUUCGGAUAUCGAGUACAUUUCAAAAGUUAUUGAUGUAAACACAACGUUACAAACCACAAUAAUAAAUUUAUAUCAAUUACAACAAUUACUUUCUACAUCUGUAUUGUUUGGAGCAAUAAAAAUUCAUUGUAACGAUGAGGCAAAGGAAUCUACUAAUUUCAUAAAACCAAUGGACGACCCACAUAUAAAAAUUCUUAAGUAUUUUGUAAACCUAUUUUUGAGGUCAGAAAUUACAUGUUGUCACUGCAACAACAUGAUCAGCUUAAAGACGCGUCUGUUAUUAUGCCCUCAAAGCCACGUGACUUGCACUGAUUGUAUAGAUGUUUAUUGUGCUAUUUGUGAGAAUGAUUGUUUUUGGAUUGAUAUGGAAAACUUACUUGGAAAUUUCAAAUUGCCAUGUGAUUGGAAAAGCUGCAAUAAACAAAUCAAAUGUUUAGAUUUUCCUUUACACAAACAAAUAUGUUGUAAUAGAGAAUACUUUUGCCCAGAAGUAGGAUGUGAUUUUAAGGGAAAUAAAAAGCAACUUAGAGACCAUUGGCAUUCUACCACUCAGUUGUUAUUUGGUUCAAAAAUAAUAAUUGGAAUGUGCCUCAGUGUAUAUUGGAUAACAGAUUAUUUACAUGAAAUGUUAUUUAUACAUUUUAAAACUGUUGGAAGAGACACGAUUUUAGAAGUUGAUGAAAAGUUUGCUUGUUUUCCAAAUAACUAUUCACUAGAUUUAAUGCGCAAAAAAGGAAAUGAAAAUCAUUACAAAAAGUUUGUAACACUUGCUCAAAAGGGACAUACUAAAAGUUAUAGUUCCUCACUUUCAACAGAUUUUUCAUACAAACUUGUUUUUAAAUUGGAGAACCCUGGAAUUAUAGAAGAUAUAACAGAAAAUAAUAUAUCUAUGCAGAAAGAAAAAGCAGAAUCGGUAAUAAAACGUCUUAUGAACGUAUUUAUGAAAGUAAAUUUUAAAUGUUCAAAUUGCAACAUCGUCAUAAAUGACAAAUAUCACAUUUAUAUUUGUGACUACAGCCAUAUAUACUGCAGUAACUGCUCAGAUUAUUGUGUUAGAUGUACAAGUGAUAAAGUUGUGUUCACAUCUCUCGAAAUACUACUUGAAAAUAUAAAGUUGUCAUGCGAUUGGCCAGACUGUACAGAAAAAAUCGAUUGUUGGAAUUUCCUUUUACAUAAACAGGUUUGUUUAAACAGAUUAUAUACAUUUCCUACUUUGAUUCAAGGAAUGGAUCAUUUUUCUGGUACUAAAGAAAAAUUUCAAGAAAAUUGGCCCAAAGACGGAAUAAAACUGACAUGUGGUAAAGAGUUAAACUUUGAAAUAGAAACACAAGCAGGCCAAAUGAUGUUCUGGCUAACUUCGUACGUUAAUGAGUUACUACUAGUAAUUAUCGUUUUUGACAAAAAAAUGCGUUUAGAGGUAAAAGAAACAUUGGCAAUUUUUACUAACAAUUACAAAAUAGAAUUAUAGUCAUUUUCUAAUGAAGAACCAUCCAAUGCAACGUUACAAAGUACUAUAAGAAUGAAUAAAAGUAUUAAAAAGCAAAUAGAAGUCUCCAACAGUGAUAGAGGUUUAGCUAAACAAUUUACAAAUAAUGUACAGAACAAUCAAAUUCAAGAAAUUUCUACAACAAACAAAUUAUUGGAUGAAGCCAUAUUUUCUUUUAAACAAAAACAUUUACUUGUGGAUGCUGAUUCUGAUUUAAAGAUGAUAUACACUGGGAAUAAUAUGGUUAUACCAAAAAGAAUUCUAAACAAUCAAGUAUGUGGUUAUUGUUUAAAAUAUCUUUCAGUAGGACCGGUAACAAUAUCUAAUAAAUGUCCGUUUAUUGUUUGUGGUCGAGAAAAAUGUGCAGAUUUUCAAAAAAGUAGAUAUGAUUUCCGGCAGUUAUCCGCUUAUAAUAAAAUUGCUAAAAACUAUUAUUUCCACUGUGUUAAUCAUUAUGAAGGAUGUACAGAGAUUUUUCCUUUUUCUGAAAAUGUCGAAAACCAUGAAACUUUAUGUACUUUUAAGAAAAUAUAUCAAUGUUUAAAAUGCUUCUUUAAGGGAAAUGCUUGUCAGUUGAUUCAACAUUAUAAACAAAAGCAUCCUGCCAAUGUAAUUUGUGAUGGGGUAUUUCAUUUAAAAACAAGUAAAAUUUUAUUUUAUACAGACCAUCAACUCAUAAAAAUAUCAAUUUCUGUUCUAAAUGAUAAUUUAAAACUAUCAUUCAAACAACUUACUAGAUACAAUCCAAUUAAGAAGUAUACAAUAAUAUUGUUUCAUCCUUCUUCGGAUAUCGAGUACAUUUCAAAAGUUAUUGAUGUAAACACAACGUCACAAACCACAAUAAUAAAUUUAUAUCAAUUACAACAAUUACUUUCUACAUCUGUAUUGUUUGGAGCAAUAAAAAUUUAUUGUAACGAUGAGGUAAAGGAAUCUACUAAUUUCAUAAAACCAAUGGACGAUCCAUAUAUAAAAAUUUUUAAGUAUUUUGUAAACUUAUUUUUGAGGUCAGAAAUUACAUGUUGUCACUGCAACAACAUGAUCAGCUUAAAGACGCGUCUGUUAUUAUGCCCUCAAAGCCACGUUACUUGCACUGAUUGUAUAGAUGUUUAUUGUGCUAUUUGUGAGAAUGAUUGUUUUUGGAUUGAUAUGGAAAACUUACUUGGAAAUUUCAAAUUGCCCUGUGAUUGGAAAAACUGCAAUAAACAAAUCAAAUGUUUAGAUUUUCCUUUACACAAACAAAUAUGUUGUAAUAGAGAAUACUCUUGCCCAGAAGUAGGAUGUGAUUUUAAGGGAAAUAAAAAGCAACUUAGAGACCAUUGGCAUUCUACCACUCAGUUGUUAUUUGGUUCAAAAAUAAUAAUUGGAAUGUGCCUCAGUGUAUAUUGGAUAACAGAUUAUUUACAUGAAAUGUUAUUUAUCCAUUUUAAAACUGUUGGAAGAGACACGAUUUUAGAAGUUGAUGAAAAGUUUGCUUGUUUCCCAAGUAACUAUUCACUAGAUUUAAUGCGCAAAAAAGGAAAUGAAAAUCAUUACAAAAAGUUUGUAACACUUGCUCAAAAGGGACCUACUAAAAGUUAUAGUUCCUCACUUUCAACAGAUUUUUCAUACAAACUUGUUUUUAAAUUUGAGAACUCUGGAAUUAUAGAAGAUAUAACAGAAAAUAAUAUAUCUAUGCAGAAAGAAAAAGCAGAAUCAGUAAUAAAACGUCUUCUGAACGUAUUUAUGAAAGUCAAUUUUAAAUGUUCAAAUUGCAACAUCAUCAUAAAUGACAAAUAUCACAUUUAUAUUUGUGACUACAGCCAUAUAUACUGCAGUAACUGCUCAGAUUAUUGUGUUAGAUGUACAAGUGAUAAAGUUGUGUUCACAUCUCUCGAAAUACUACUUGAAAAUAUAAAGUUGUCAUGCGAUUGGCCAGACUGUACAGAAAAAAUCGAUUGUUGGAAUUUCCUUUCACAUAAACAGGUUUGUUUAAACAGAUUAUAUACAUUUCCUACUUUGAUUCAAGGAAUGGAUCAUUUUUCUGGUACUAAAGAAAAAUUUCAAGAAAAUUGGCCCAAAGACGGAAUAAAACUGACAUGUGGUAAAGAGUUAAACUUUGAAAUAGAAACACAAGCAGGCCAAAUGAUGUUCUGGCUAACUUCGUACGUUAAUGAGUUACUACUAGUAAUUAUUGUUUUUGACAAAAAAAUGCGUUUAGAGGUAAAAGAAACAUUGGCAAUUUUUACUAACAAUUACAAAAUAGAAUUAUGUGAGUAUAAUGGAAUUAAAAAACGGUAUGACAAAAUUGAAGAACUAAAACAGUCCGGAAACAAAAAAAUCUCUUUACAACCUCUUAAACUUUCUACAAAAUACAGACUAACAAUAUUUAGAAUGACGUAAGAAUACGUGUCAGUAUUUAUAUUUUUUAUUUUGUAAACGUAACAAUUGUUGUUUAUAUAGUUGAAAAACAUGAAUAUAUUGCUUUGUUUCUACUUCUUUAUGUAUUUGUUUAUAAAAAAAUAUACUUAUUAUAUAUAUAUAUAUAUAUAUAUAUAUAUAUAUAUAUAUAUAUAUAUUAU